AUGACGGAACUGGCCGGACGCCCCGGGACGUCGGGCGGCCUGGCGCUGCGGGCGGGCCAGUUCGUCUUCGCCGCCGCGUCCAUCUGCGCCAUGGCCUCCGCGCCAGGGUUCACCAACUACACAGCCUUCUGCUACUUGAUUGCAUCUAUGGGACUACAAGCACUAUGGAGCUUGGGGCUUGGAUGCCUUGAUUGCUAUGCAUUGAUAUUGAGAAGAGAUCUUCAGCAAGCUUUUCUCAUGAGCUUAUUUGUUGUUGGCGACUGGGUAACAGCAAUUCUUUCAUUUGCUGCUGCAUGCUCAGCUGCAGGCGUAGUUGUACUUUUCGAAAGGGAUGCAUACUUCUGCAGAAGGGAUCCACAACUGCCUUGUGGAAGAUUCGAAGUUGCUGCUGCAUUUGCAUUUCUUUGCUGUACAUUUAGUGCUGCAUCUGCUCUGAUCAAGGGUCCAAAACAUCCAAGCUCAGUAUAUCACAAUCACUUGUGA